AUGUUUGUUGGUAAAUCUAUCACACUGCUUGUGUUUCACAGAGCUGUCCAGCUUUGGAUGGAGAACCUAACAUUGACUCCUCUCAGGCAGCCGAUUGUGUUUGAACUGGAGGGCUUCGACGUUCCACCAGGACAAGGUCCUCUCUUGUUCUUCUUGGCCCUGUUCGUCUACAUGGUGGUGCUGCUGGGGAACGGUGUGGUGAUCUGUGUCAUCAUGACGGACCGCAGCCUGCACAGACCCAUGUUUGUGAUGAUCUGCCAUCUGGUGGUCUGCGACCUGCUGGGCGCCACGGCGGUGCUUCCCAGCCUCAUGAUGCACUUCUUGAUGGGGCAGAAGAAGAUCAGCUACCUCCCAGCUAUUGCUCAGGGUUUCUGUGUUCACACAUACGGCGUAGCGGUGCAGACCAUUCUGGGGGUGAUGGCUAUUGACAGGUAUGUGGCAGUGUGUGAACCUCUCAGGUAUCACUCCAUCAUGACUUCGGCUCGGCUGCACAGCUGCUGCGCUGUGGCCUGGAUCGUUGCUCUGCUGCUCAUCGCUGUGCUCUUCUCCUUCCACAUGAACGUCCCGCUGUGCGGCCAUCUAGUCCAGCAUGUCUACUGCAGCAACCGGGGCAUCCUGAACCUGGCCUGCAUUCCCACGCCUGCCAGCAACAUCUACGGUCUGGCCAUGACCUGGUCUGUGAGCACCGGGGUGUUUGUCAUCAUUGCUUUUUCCUACAUCAGAAUCCUUAGUGCCUCCUUUAAACAGCGGAGAACCGACACCAGGGUCCAUAAGAAGGCCCUGCAGACGUGUGUGCCUCAUCUCGUUGUGUAUGUGCUCUAUCAGAUAGCCUCAGUUAUCAUCAUUGUCAGUCUCAGGUUUCCCUCUGUCACUCAGAACAUCAGGAAGUUCUUUAGCAUCCUCUUCAUCAUAGUUCCGCCAGCUCUCAACCCCAUCAUCUACGGACUGGUCAGCAAAGACUUACGAUCCGGCAUUACGAAGCUUUUCUCCAUGCGAAUCGCGAGAGUGUGUCACAUGGAGUGACACACAGAUGUCUCCCAACAGAAACACCAAAUAAUCCAGCCCUGCAGAACAUGCUUGAUGUUGUCUUCUCUUUGGGAACAUCUGGGUUGCGCUUCACUCUCAUGUUUGGGAACUCUUUAUAGAGUCAA